CAGAAAACCCCUCCCUUCUCCCCAUUCACUGUGCAGUGUUUCAGACUGAAAGGUAAAAGAUGUGAAUCCUCACUGCGACUCUUCCUCACAGUAGAUUCUCCUCCAGCCUUCCUCCUCUGCAUGCGAUCCAAACACACAGCUGAUGACUGUCUGCAGGCCCAGGCGCAGCAUGCCCCCACCUCUUCCCUCUGCAGAUUCUUCAGCGGGCAGGAAGUGAGGACCGGUCGCCGCCAUGAUGCGAUGUGUUUAAGGGCCCCGAGGCGGUGUGGUGGCCCCCGGCCCCGGGAUGCUGCAGACGGCCGGUCAGAAUGACUCUGCUGGACCUGUGGCUGUCGCGCUCCAUCCCCAUGUGCCUGCUGCUGCAGAGCCUCGUCCUCAUGGCGCUGUGCUUCCCCUCGGCCAGCAUGUGUCCGAAGGGCUGCCUCUGCCAGCGAGACCCCCACCUGCACGGCCUCAACGUUUCCUGCAGCCAGUCCCGCCUCAAAGAGAUCCCCCCCAGCCUGCCCGUAGACACGGUGCUGCUCAGGCUGGACCACAACCAGAUCGGCGCCGUGCCGGACCAAGCCUUCCACGGCCUGCGUCUGCUGCGGGAGUUAAACCUGUCCUACAACGCCGUGGAGACUUUAGGCGAAGGAGCGUUCAGCGGCAUCGAGGGGACGCUCCAGGUGCUGGACCUUUCCCACAACCGCAUCACUAGCGUGCACAAGGACGCCUUCGCCCGGCUGAAAGCGCGCGUCAUCGUGGACGAUAACCCGUGGCACUGUGACUGCGCGCUGCAGCAGGCCAUCGGCGGCAUGGCGCACAACCACGAAGCGGCCGCCCGGGUCCUCUGCAGGAGCUCGGAGCUCCGGGACCAGGAGGGCCGGCCUUUCCUCGCCGUGGACACGGACCUCUGUAACCUCGCCAAAAGGACCACAGACUACGCCAUGCUGGUGACCAUGUUCGGGUGGUUCGCCAUGGUCAUUUCGUACGUGGUGUACUACGUGCGGCAGAACCAGGAGGAUGCCCGGCGACACCUGGAGUAUCUCAAGUCGCUGCCCAGCAAACCCAAGAAACCGGACGAGGCGGACGACAUCAGCACGGUGGUCUGAGACCCUCAGACUGAACCUGCUGUCACAGGACCCUCAUGCACCGAGGAACUGAAGCGCUGACUCUUAUUAAAAGUAUUACAUCGACAGAACUCACAUGACUGUUUCAGGUUAGAUGGGAGUAACAAUAUGACGCUGAACAAAUUGAAAUACUUAAUAUUAUUGCUUUCAACCAACCUCACACAGUUCAGUGAAGUCUGCUGACGGAAUUCACUGAGUCAAAGUCAGCGCUUCAGCUUCAGUGAUUGUUUAGUUUACUAUUCCAGACUUGUACGUGAUGUGAGCGUCAGAUCUGCACAGGUGUUUGUAUUUUGGGGAGUUUUGUUGUCCGUCCUCUCCGGGGUUUGUUCGAGACGGGAGGCGAGAAGCGAGGCCACAGAAAGUUUAACUCCAACAAAGUCUUUUGUAGAAGAACUCGCUUUGGGAAAUUUGAAUCUCAGGUUUAAACAACAACAUUAUAAUGGGUUUUUUUAGACACAAAUUUGGAAUAUCUGAAUAAAAAAAAGUAUUAUAUUUGUAAAAUAAAAUUAAACUUAAUUUCCCAGAGUCCUUCACUUUGGUGUUUUAAAACCCCCUGAUAAAACCACUUCCCCUACCCUUAAAUACUGUGUAAAUGUCAGUAUGGAUAUUCAGAGUUCUGCACAGGAGUGUCAGAAGCCAUGGCCUGCUAACGGAGAUUAUUUGAUCUGUACAUUGUGUAAUCUUUUAGACCAUUAAAGCCUUGGAUGUGGGGGGUGCAGAUAGGAUGUAGUCUUGCCUUGAGCUGUGGUGGCCUGUUUUUGUACGGAUAAAUCCAAAAGAAUUCAAAUUAAUGAAGGUUUUUAGGGUUAGCGUUUAGUGUUGGGAAACCAGGAUUCUAUGGAAGCUCAUUUCUGCCAAUGAAAAUGUUAGGAAUCACUAAAAAAUAAAAAGACUCGCUCAACAUUUCUACCUAAAAUAACACUUGUGAUGUGUGCUUUAAGUCAAUCCACAAAUACAUUGAGGUCAUUAUGUGCUAAUAGUACACGACUUAAAGAAACAAGUAACCUGGGACAACGUUUCAGAACGUUCUUCCAUUUUAUUAUGUAUAUGUUCUGUAUUACAUUCGUUUAUCUUCCUCGCAAUUAUAUAGAUAUUUGUCACCUAGCCUCUUAAACACUAUACACACUAUAAACACUUAUACCCCCCCGACCCAGUCCUACAAAAGCAGCCGUCUCAAUUUACAAAUUCAACAAAAUAGGCUCAAAUGAUGCAGAGAUUUCUAAAACUGGUGUGUUCUGGUUUGGAAACGGAUCAGUGCGUGUUGUUUUUGGUGCUCUGUGUUGCACCUUCCGUUUAUUACAGUUUGUGUCCUUCAAGGUUACACAGAACAGUCUGCAGUCUCUCUAAAAUCAUUCCAAAUCUCAGAAGCAGAAACUGGAGUGUGUUCCUUUUAAAGAGUAACACGGCAUCUUCUCUAAGUCUUGUUUUCUAACCUUCAUUGGUUUAACUCCUCCCCUUUCUGCACUGUGACAUAACUAACAGGGUUACAGGUGAACAGGCCCAACAUGGGGUGCAAUGUGAGAUUACGUAUGUCAAUGUAGGUCAAAAAAUCAAGUCCAACUCCAAAGGCUCGUCCAGAUUUAGGCAUAGAACUUGGAAGACAACCAUUUCAUCUGUGGAUUUCUACAGAAUCCCUCCAUCACUGCUUUUAUUUGUAGAAUAUCUAUUCCUCAAAGCAUUAAAACUCAGUCCAGUUCCCUGAAAACAAAUGGUUUCCAUUAUCUCCAUAGCUUUUAGAUACAAGUUCUGGCUACCUGGAUUAGCAUUUCAGGGAACUGGUUGGUAAUUGAUGAAGACCCUGAUGUUGAGGAUGAUGGAUUAGUCUUUGGUCCAGUAAUCCACUUUUUCCAGAGAUUUUGACCUGAUCUCUAGUCUUCAUCCGCAGGUUGAGUCUGCUCACUUUGGGGGGGACAACACGUCAGGUCAACAGGAGUCAGAACUUUAGGGUUAGGCUCUCUAGGAUCUCUGGAGCUACUUCUAUAAGGCAGGACUCUCAUGCAUGACAUCCCAGGCAUCUGUUAUAAAGAGCGGUACGUUGGCUGAACAACAAGGACUCUUCAUCGACACCCAAAGCAGCAUUUACUGGAACAUGGUGGAUUCCUUUAGCGAUCUAUUGGCUGAACACUUCGUACCCUAGAGACCCUAAAGUUCUCCAACAUGGACGCCCAUUGAGAAAGUAGUGUCCCUUAUAAGCAGUGAGAGGGAGAUCAGGUUCAGGUUUUCAUUACCACAGUUUUCCUCAAACAUCAAGAGUUUUAUUCACUGAUCCUUUAACCAACCCUUGGUGUGAGGACGUCCUCUCGAGUUCCUUUGAACUUCUGUAAACGCAACCACAAUUAUCCCCAAACCAAGCUGUUAGUGGCCUUACCCUCACUGCAGGUUACUGGACGAAACCACACACUUUCCCAAACCGUUCACCGUAUCAUAGUUGGUUUUCUAAGUUUUGUAUAAAGCAAAACGUUGAUGUUAAAACGUCCCUGAACGUUUCCCGAGGUUUGGAUUGAGAUACCCCUCACUUUUGACAUGGCAGAAGUUCCUUAAAAGCUGAACCCCCCCUCUGAUAAGUGAGUAAACCCCCUCCGCAGAUGAAGACCUUGAGUAGAGAUUAUUUCGUCUGAGAACUUCCUGUGUCUUAUUUGAUGUUUUCUACGUCUGAGGUUUCUGGGAACAAGCUGUUUCUGUGUUGUUCUGUACAUUUCUUCCUUCAGUUUGUGAAGUCCCUGUUGUCUUUAGUUAGUCUGUGUAAAUGUGAACUGAUGAGAAGAAAGCACAAAUGUCAGUUUCAGUGGACGUUGCUGUUUGGUUGUUUCUCCUUCAAUGCUGUUACCGUUUGCCUUCACUCAAUUUCACUCACAGGGAGGACAGAUCUAAAGGAGUUUAGACCUGAAACAAGUCAACACAACUAUCCCUACUCACUCCCAGCUGCCAGUGCAUGCAUCAUCUCCCUUUAAUAUCACUGUGUACAGAAAUGAUCCCUGCAGCGGCUGAAGGGGAAAUUGAUGCUGUCAUUUUCUAAAACGGCUUCCUUUCCAUCCCAGCCGCUGGAACACACCACCAGGGGAACAAACCUCAUGAGCCAGACAUGUAGAAGUACGGGGAAAUCUGGUAUCAAUUCAUAAAAUAACACCCUGGAGAAAUGUUGGUUUCUGGGUGUCGCUCGUGAUGAAUUUCCUCUCCAUGUUUUAAUUGUUUGUCGGAGAAUUUGUACAAUAAUGGUUGUUAAACAUGACGUCUUAGGGGAUAUGCAAUGAGUAUACGUAGGUAGAGAACAUGUAAAUAGGAACGUAGAUGUUGUGUGAAAUACUUGAAAUCCCUUUAACUAGUUGUUCUUGGAUGUGCUAACCCCCUUAGCCUCGUCAUUCUCCUCCUGACAGGACCAGGAUCGGCUAUGAAAUGCAUGAGAACCGUGGAGGAGCACCGUGUAGCCAAGGAGCCGAGAGUAUUCCUAAGUGCCUGAAUACUUCUCUCACCGGUUUAUUUUUUUAUUCUCCUUCCUCCACCUCUGGUCUCUGUUCUGCACACAUACGCCUCUCUUCAGUUUAGCUCAGUGGAUUUUAUUUAGCAAGUUAAGAAGAAAAACAGGAUGAAAUAUAAUGUUCCAAAUCACAGUUCUCCGUGCACAGACAUGACGGUGUGGAUGAGGAUGAUGUUCGCACUGAUGGUUGUGUUGUAACGGCACGACAUAGCCGACAGAAAAUGAAAUAAAGGAUGUAUCAAUUGA